CGGCCCCGCGCAGCGGCUGCCCUGACCUGGCCGCGACCUCCCUCCGCGCGCCCCGCCGCCCGGGCCCCUGGGGUGUUCCCCAACCACGGCCCAGCCCCGCCACACCCCCCGCCCCCGGCCUCCGCAGCUCGGCAUGGGCGCGGGGGCGCUCGCCCUGGGCGCCUCCGAGCCCUGCAACCUGUCGUCGGCCGCGCCGCUUCCCGACGGCGCGGCCACGGCGGCGCGACUGCUGGUGCCCGCGUCGCCGUCCGCCUCGCCGCUGACCCCGACCAGCGAGGGCCCCGCGCCGCUGUCGCAGCAGUGGACGGCGGGCAUAGGCCUGCUGAUGGCGCUCAUCGUGCUGCUCAUCGUGGCGGGCAACGUCCUGGUGAUCGUGGCCAUCGCCAAGACGCCGCGGCUGCAGACGCUCACCAACCUCUUCAUCAUGUCCCUGGCCAGCGCCGACCUCGUCAUGGGGCUGCUGGUGGUGCCGUUCGGGGCCACCAUCGUCAUGCGGGGCCGCUGGGAGUACGGCUCCUUCUUCUGCGAGCUCUGGACCUCGGUGGAUGUGCUGUGCGUGACGGCCAGCAUCGAGACCCUGUGUGUCAUCGCCCUGGACCGCUACCUCGCCAUCACGUCGCCCUUCCGCUACCAGAGCCUGCUGACCCGCGCGCGGGCGCGGGCCCUGGUGUGCACCGUGUGGGCCAUCUCGGCCCUGGUGUCCUUCCUGCCCAUCCUCAUGCACUGGUGGCGGGCCGAGGGCGACGAGGCGCGCCGCUGCUACAACGACCCCAAGUGCUGCGAUUUCGUCACCAACCGGGCCUACGCCAUCGCCUCGUCCGUCGUGUCCUUCUACGUGCCCCUGUGCAUCAUGGCCUUCGUGUACCUGCGGGUGUUCCGCGAGGCCCAGAAGCAAGUGAAGAAGAUCGACAGCUGCGAGCGCCGCUUCCUCAGCGGCCCGGCGCGGCCCCCCUCGCCCGCGCCCGCGCCCGGCUCCCCGCGCCCCGCGGCCGCCGCCGCCGCCGCCGCCGCCCCGCUGGCCAACGGGCGCAUCAGCAAGCGGCGGCCCUCGCGCCUCGUGGCCCUGCGCGAGCAGAAGGCGCUCAAGACGCUGGGCAUCAUCAUGGGCGUGUUCACGCUCUGCUGGCUGCCCUUCUUCCUGGCCAACGUGGUCAAGGCCUUCCACCGCGACCUGGUGCCCGACCGCCUCUUCGUCUUCUUCAACUGGCUGGGCUACGCCAACUCGGCCUUCAACCCCAUCAUCUACUGCCGCAGCCCCGACUUCCGCAAGGCCUUCCAGCGCCUGCUCUGCUUCGCGCGCCGGGCCGCCCGCGGGGGCCACGCGGCCGCCGGCGACCGGCCGCGCGCCUCCGGCUGCCUGCCGGGGACCCGGCCGCCGCCGUCGCCGGGGGCCGCCUCGGACGAGGACGACGACGACGACGUCGGGGCCGCGCCGCCCGCGCGCCUGCUGGAGCCCUGGGCCGGCUGCAACGGCGGGGCGGCGGCGGCGGACAGCGACUCGAGCCUGGACGAGCCGGGCCGCCCCGCGGGCGCCUCGGAAUCCAAGGUGUAGGGUCCCGCGGCCGCCGCCCGCGCCCCGGGAGCGAGAA